GCCGGGGCGCGGUCACGUGGCGGCGGCGGGAGCGGAGCGGGCGCCCUUCUCCAAUGCGGGGUCCCCUCCUGGCGGGGGCCAUGGGGGGUCCCCUGGCCCGCACCAUCCGUGCCAAGCUGACGGCGGCCCUGCAGCCCACCCACCUGGAAGUUCGGGACGACUCCCCCCUCCACGGGGGUCCCCCCGGAGCUGAGACUCAUUUCGGGGUGCUGGUGGUGAGCGGGCGCUUCGCGGGGCUGCCGCCGCUGCAGCGGCACCGCCUGGUGCACGAGGCGCUGCGGGCCGAGCUGGCCGGGCCCCUGCACGCCCUGCAGGUGGUCGCCCGCACCCCCGAGCAGUGGCAGAGCGACCCCCAGAACCCCCCCGCGCCCCCUUGCCUGGGCGGGUCCAAGCGGGAGAAGCGCCGCGGGGCCCGGGAGGAGGAAGAGGAGGAGGUGGGGAAGAAGUGAUGGCGCUGGGAGACGCCCAGGAACAGCGUGGGGCUGCCGGGACCCCCCCCAGAACAACGUGGGGCUGCCGGGACCCCCCCAGGAACAGCGUGGAGCUGCAAGGACCCCCCCCAAGAACAACGUGGGGCUGCAAGGACCCCCCCAAGAACAACAUGGAGCUGCCAGGACCCCCCCAGAAACAGUGUGGAGUUCCUGGGACCCCCCCAAGAACAGCAUGGGGCUCCUGGGACCCCCUCAGCAACAACGUGGGGCUCCCAAGACCCCCUCCAGGAACAAGAUGGGAUUCUUGGGAACCCCAAGAAACAGCGUGGGGCUGCCAGGAACAGUGUGGGGUUCCUGGGACCCCCCCAAGAACAACAUGGGGCUCCUGGGACCCCCUCAGCAACAACGUGGGGCUCCCAAGACCCCCUCCAGGAACAAGAUGGGAUUCUUGGGAACCCCAAGAAACAGCAUGGGGCUGCCAGGACCCCCCCAGGAACAGUGUGGAGUUCCUGGAACCCCCUCCCCAAGAACAGCAUGGGGCUCUUGGGACCCCUACCCCAUAGCAACCCCACCCUGGGGGGGGAUUUUUGGGGUGUCCCUCCCAUUGAAUUAAUUUAAAUAAUUUAAAUAAAUGUGUUCUGUGGGCAGCAGA